AGCUAGAAAUGACAGCGUGCGGAGCGGCAGGGAGAGGUCUCUCCACCGAGCAACAGGUCUGCUAGACACGAAACGGAGGAAUACUUCAACCAAGCAGCCCGUGAAUGAAAACGUUGACGGUUAUCCACUGGGUUUUCUCACCGACAGAAGGACGCGUGCGCCCCGGAAGCAGGAAAUGGUGUCAUGGCCAUUUUGUUUAGCAAACCUUCCUGAACGUCCUGCACAGAAGAUACACACACACCCACACGCCGCUGAAGUCUCGACAGUCAGACACACGCUGUGAGGGAUGACAACCUCCCAUUUGAAUGGCCAUGUCGCUGGGGAAGGAGGAGGAGGAGGAGGAGACGAUGAGCUGAGGGGAGGACAGCAGCACAGAGAAAUGGCUGUCGACUGUCCGGGUGAGCUGGGAAGUAGAACACUGCCAGUGCGCAGGUCUGCUCAACUGGAGAGAAUCCGCCAACACCAGGAGGACCUUCGACGCCGCCGGGAGGAAGAGGGCCGACAGUUGGACCUAAAUGCUUCACUCAGGCUAAAGAAGCUGGCCCAGAAUCCCCACAUUGGCAUCGACAACCCCUCGUUCCUGCAGGACACGCCGCAGCAGCCGACGAUUGACCUCCAGCAAACACAUGCGCUGCUCGAGUUGGAGGAGUUGCUUUUGUCCCUGAAGCAAGUCCGGGGCUGCCUGUCCGACCCACAGAGUCAGAGCGACGUAGAGCUGGUUCUUUCGCUGCUCAAUAAGUCUGACUUCCAGUCCGCACUCAAGAUUCACAAUGUAGUAGCUAACAGCAUGCACCGACCCUCGCCCCCGUACCCGCUGACUGACCAGGCUCUGCAGCUGGCCCUGGAGGUCCGGAGUCUGGCCCAGGCCUGUCAGAAUAAAGACGGACUUGAGCUUCACAGUUUGCUGUCAGGCAUUUCCUUCCAGUCGUUGCUGCUGGCACAUGAUGCCAUAGCGGAGAAUGAGAUGCAACCUGAGCCUCUGCCCGAUGAAGCCGAGACACUAACUCAGUGGGGAGGGGAGACUGUCAAGAUUGUUCGGAUUGAGAAGGCGCAGGACGUUCCUCUGGGAGCAACCGUUCGUAAUGAGAUGGACAGCGUGAUCAUCAGUCGGAUCGUUCGAGGAGGCGCCGCCGAGCGCAGUGGACUGUUGUCAGAAGGAGAUGAGAUCCUGGAGAUAAACGGCAUCGAGAUCCGAGGGAAAGACGUCAACCAGGUCUUCGAUAUCCUUGCGGACAUGCACGGCCUCCUGACCUUCGUCCUCAUCCCCAACACUCAGAGUAAACCUCCCCCGGUCAAAGAGACUGUGGUCCACGUGAAGGCCCACUUCGACUACGACCCCUCGGACGACCCCUACGUCCCCUGCAGAGAGCUGGGUUUGUCCUUCCAGAAGGGAGACAUCCUCCACAUCAUCAGCCAGUCGGACCCCAACUGGUGGCAAGCUUACCGGGACGGAGACGAGGACAACCAGCCUCUGGCUGGGCUGGUGCCAGGGAAGAGUUUUCAGCAGCAGAGAGAAGCCAUGAAACAGACCAUCGAAGAAGACAAGGAGCCGGAGAAGUCCGGGAAGCUCUGGUGUGCCAAGAAGAACAAGAGGAAAAGGAAGAAGAUGCUGCACAACUCACACCGGAACGAUGACAUGGACAAUGAGGAGAUCCUCACCUACGAAGAGAUGGCUCUGUACCACCAACCGGCCAAUAGGAAACGGCCCAUCGUCCUGAUCGGUCCUCCCAGCUGCGGCCAGUCGGAGCUGAGGCAGAGGCUCAUCAACAACCAGUCGGACCGCUUCGCCGGUGCCGUACCCCACACGACUCGGAGUCGGCGGGAGGGCGAGCUGAGUGGCCGGGACUAUCACUUUGUGUCCCGUCAGACCUUCGAGGCGGAGCUGGCUUCAGGAAAGCUGAUCGAGUCUGGAGAGUUUGAGAAGAACCUGUACGGGACCAGCACCGACUCCAUCAGACAGGUCAUCAACACCGGGAAGAUCUGCGUGCUGUGUCUGCACACUCAGGCCCUGAAGGUGCUGCGCAGCCUGGACCUGAAACCCUACAUCAUCUUCAUAGCUCCGCCCUCCCAGGAGCGGCUGAGGGCCAUGCUGGCCAAGGACAGCAAGAACCCCAAGCCCGAGGAGCUGCGGGACAUCAUCGAGAAGGCCCGGGAGAUGGAGCAGGCCUGCGGUCACCUGUUCGACGCCAUCAUCGUCAACACCGACCAGGACAAGGCCUUCACCGAGCUGCUGCGGCUCAUCAACAAACUGGACACGGAGCCUCAGUGGGUGCCCAGCUCCUGGCUGCGCUGAGGCCGGGCAGCAUGGACUCAUGCCUCUGCAAGGUAACGCAGCCAGCUGCUGUGGAGGGGCGACACCCCCCGCUGUGUUCACAUGACACCACAUGCUAGCAUAACACUCAGAUUUCCUCCCUCUCUUCAUGUGUUGAGAGCAAAACUCGGACUGACGACGGAGAGCCGUGUUCCUGUGUUCCGCCUUUCUCCUGUGAGCAUUUCAAGCGACUUAAGUUAUUACAGUGGCGCCUGUGCGUUUUUUUAAGAGGCGGAUCGACUUGCCGUUGAAGGUUCAAAUCCAGUCGGUCUUCAUGAAUCACUAAAUACAAGACACGCAUUCGACCUUCAUUCUCUCAGUAUUACUCCACGUUUGGUCCCUUUCGCACUUGACCACUCAUCGAGCGCGCCGCUCUUGGAUCAGCCCUUCCUGUCCUCAACACGACUGUAAAUACACACUGGUACUAACAAACUACUGCGGACCUCUUCAUGUUUGGGUUUGUGACACUAGAAACUGUUGCGACACGGACAGGUGACCUGAGGAGCCGGGCUGAGCGCCAGAGUGAAGCACUAACUUUAGGAGAGAGAGAGACCACUCGUCUGCCCUAAAUAGAGUUUUCUGUCCCAAAACUCUUGACCUGCGUGUCUCAACAAAAGCUUUUGCCCCGUUGACUGAAGCAACGGCAGCAAAAAAAACGGUGCAGUUGUUUUGCACCUUUGCACAAACACAAUUUAUCACUGGAGUUUCUUCUCUGUUGGGACCAACCAGUCCUCCUCAUGAACCAUCAGAACAAGAUGAUGAUGCAGAGAAGCAUUGAACAUUUAUCUUAGAAACUAAGCAGAUAUUCUGAAGGCUGUUUUUAAACUCCAUUUUUAAUUUUUUUUUUUUUUUUUUGGGCUUCUGUGUUACAAAUGAAACAUUGAGCCCCAUGUGAAUGAAGAAAAUCCAGUUGCUUACAGCUUCAAACGCUACUGACUUGAGUUGGUAGCACCUGGUUAGCGAGGACUCAGUGUUGCAGACUUGUGGCCAGAAUUCAAGUGAGUCAGUUUCAAAUUAAGUUUUUUUUUUGUCCCACUAAAUCGCUGGUGGAAAAACAGGCCAAAUUUUAAAGCGUUUUGACGCGUUACUUCAGUUAGAAUGCCAAUGGAAUGUGAGUUUUCACAUCCAAAAGAGCCUCCACGUUGCCAUUUUGCCCCGCCCCGACAGCCUCUGACCUUGACCCUAGAUCAGCCGAUCAACUUCCACUGAAGUCCUUGUGUGUCGCUGGAGACAGUCCAGUAUUAUGAGUAGACCUGACGUAAAGAUCACUGUGUAGAGCUUUUAUAUGAUUGUAAUAUUGAUGAUAGAUUUAUGAAUUCCCUCUUGCCGUUGGCGGCAGGAAGGAUGUGACUGUGAUGAACGUGUGAAAGUUCUUUGAUACCACUUUUUGUUUAUCUGCACCUGUUUCUGAUCAAAUCUCAUUGUUAUAUUCACAAUGAAUAAAUAGAUGAUUGUAAUGCU